AUGUCAUCCGACACCCCUGAUGCCGCUCCAGUUGGAGGCUCACUGGCCGAUCGCGUCUCCAAGCCCGAUGCUCCUGCUGAAGUUGCAUCUGAAGAUGGCGCUAGGGAUGGCGCAGGUGAUAAGCUUGGAGGCUCAGAGCUACAGGAGCCAGACUACACAGUCGAGGUCAAGCUGAGCGACCUCCAAGCAGACCCAAAUAAUCCUCUUUUCUCAAUCCAGACUUUUGAUAACCUUGGGUUGGAUGAGCGAAUCCUGAAGGGUUUGUCUUCAAUGAACUUCCGCAAGCCCUCCAAAGUCCAAGAACGAGCUCUUCCCCUCUUGAUGAGCAACCCACCCAAAAACCUUGUCGGACAAUCCCAGUCUGGUACUGGAAAGACAGCCGCUUUCGUCCUCAAUGUGUUAAGCCGCCUCGACCUCACCACCGAGCAAUCGCAAAUUACCCCACAGGCACUUAUUCUGGCGCCAACUCGCGAGUUAGCUCGUCAGAUCGUUGGUGUCAUCCAAGUCAUGGGUCAAUUCCUGGACGGCUUGGUCAUUGGUACCGCCGUCCCCACCGAGACUUCUAUUCGCCCCGCUCGUAUGGAUUGUUCCGUGGUGGUUGGCACUCCUGGUACCGUCCAGGAUAUGAUCAAGAAACGCAUUAUGAACCCGACUCAGCUCAAGGUCCUGGUUCUGGACGAGGCAGAUAACAUGCUGGACCAGCAAGGUCUUGGUGACCAAUGUAUCCGUGUCAAGGCUAUGCUUCCGCGUACCAUCCAGGUCGUCCUCUUUUCCGCCACUUUCCCCACUCACGUGCACACUUAUGCGGGCAAAUUUGCUCCCUCGGCCAACGAGAUCACCUUGAAGCAUGAUGAGUUGACAGUGGAGGGUAUCAAGCAGUUAUACAUGGAUUGUAACAACGAAGAGGAGAAAUACGCAAGCCUCAUUCAGCUAUAUGGUUUGCUUACUGUUGGCUCAUCGAUCAUUUUCGUCAAGACCCGGGCCUCUGCUUCUCAGAUUGAGAGUCGUAUGACUGCUCAGGGGCACACUGUCGCUUCCCUAACUGGUGGUAUCGAAGGAUCUCAGCGUGAUUCGAUCAUUGACCGUUUCCGCAGCGGAGAGGCCAAGGUUCUCAUUACAACCAACGUCCUUGCUCGUGGAAUCGAUGUCUCCACUGUUUCUUUGGUUAUCAACUACGAUAUUCCUGCCGCUUUUGAGAACAACCGCAAUACGGGCGAGCCUGACUACCAAACAUACCUGCACCGUAUUGGCCGAACAGGUCGUUUCGGGCGCAUUGGUGUUGCUAUCUCGUUCGUGGGGAGCCGACAGGAGUGGGAGAUGCUCCGCAUGAUCCAGACUCACUUCCAGUGUACUAUUGAUCGUAUCGAUACCGGUGACUGGGAUGAAGUGGAGGAGCUCAUAAAAAAAACCAUCAAGAACAGUCGCGCCCAAGCCAAAUUUAAUCAGUAA